AUGUCAUAUAUGGCGAACAUGAAAGUAAAAGUGCUUAGAAGGAAAGAUUCUGGUAAAUGUUCAAUGAGGACCGCUAUGGAUGUUGUUAAACGUGUAUUAUGGGAUGAAAUGAUUCCCCAGGAAUUUAUAACAAUCGGGUAUUUGGACAGAUUUAAGGGUAUUCUAGAAAAGCCAUUUGAUGAUUUUUCUUGGGAACCUUUGGAUAGUUUGGAUUACUUUACUUUUGGAGUUCCUGAACAUCGAAUUCAGUAUUUUAAAUACAAAGAUGUAGUUGUGUGGGAUAAACGCUUCAGACUAGACAGAGUUUUUGGCAGUAGUCGCUCAACUAAAACAAUACGAGAUAUAAUUGGAAAAUAUGAAAAAUAUUGCAAGACUUCUGGAGACACUCCUGAUAUCCACUUUGACAAAAAGAGUAGUGAAGUCUCAUUUCACUGGGACUUGGAGUCUAUGGAUGAUAACUAUCUUUCAGAAAAUCAAACUGAAAGCUCUGAAGAAGAAAUGAUGCCUCCAAAACGUGAACAAACGCCAAAUUUCUUUAUUUGCCAACGAAUCGAAUCUCCUGAUUUUAUUGAUAAGGCACUAAAAAUUCAAUCGCAGAUCUAUCCAAAGCUUUUUCAUCUUACUUUAUCUACUAUUAGGUUGGAAGAUAGUUCGCAAGUAUCAGAAUGCAUGAAAGUCCUUGAGCAUUCAGAAGAGGACUUAUGUAGUUCCGCUCCAACAAACCAACUAUCAAUAAAGGGUGUGGACAGUUUUCGAGGUCGAGUUUUAUACGCAGCCGUUGAAUCAACUACAAGCUUGGAAUUAUUUGUUAACCAACUAAAUACAGUUCUUAGACAAAAUGGUUUUCAAACAGAUGACAGAAAGUUCACACCUCAUAUUUCUUUAAUGAAGGUUACCCGAUCAGUAUCAAAGAAAGUUGGAGCAAAGAAACUCGAUACUGACUUGUAUAAUGAAUUUAUAAACAUGGAGUUUGGAACAUUUCUGAUCGAUUCAAUUCAUUUGUGUGCAAUUGGAAAACCAUACGGUGACAAUGGUUUCUAUCGUACUGUUGGGAGCAUAAAUUUCACACAUUCUGUUUCCAAACCAAAGUGA